UCAUUGUUCCGUAGCAUUUUAGCCAGCACACCAGAGAUUGCGGGAAGACAUACCGUGGUGGGUGUUCAUUCACUGGCUUCUCGAAAUUUCAUCUCCCGGUCCCCCUUCUGUAAAAACUGUUUCCCGAUUAUACGACGUUGCUUGUCCUACGGUAGUUCUAAACGGUGUAGAAGUGACCCAAGUGGGAUUUUUCUGCGUUUUUUUUUAAAUCAGCGGUCUUAUCUGUGAGCGACAGGCACUGUACGCACGCUGAUGGCGGUCACUAUCGAGGAUCUCUAUCGAAGCUACGGGGUCCUUGCCGAUGCAAAGGACAACCUCAGCCAGCACAAAGAUGCCUACCAGGUUAUCUUGGAUGGUGUGAAAGGUGGCCCGAAGGAAAAGCGCCUGGCAGCACAGUUUAUUCCCAAGUUCUUCAGCAGCUUUCCAGAAAUGGCUGAUGCAGCCAUUAAUGCUCAACUUGAUCUUUGUGAAGAUGAGGAUGUGUCUAUUCGACGGCAGGCCAUCAAGGAGCUUCCACGGUUUGCAACUGGCGAGAACAUUCUCAGAGUUGCAGAUAUUCUCACCCAGCUCCUUCAGACAGAUGAUACAGCAGAGUUCAACCAAGUGACUGCAGCACUUAUUUCUAUCUUCAAGAUGGAUGCUAAGGGUACUCUUGGAGGCCUCUUCUCUCAGAUCCUGCAGGGGGAGGACAUCGUGCGGGAAAGGGCCAUCAAGUUCCUGUCAACCAAACUGAAGACACUGCCGGAGGAUGUCUUAACAAAAGAGGUGGAGGACUAUGUCUUUGCAGAGACAAAGAAGGUGAUGGAGGAUGUGACAGGAGAGGAGUUCGUGCUGUUGAUGCGCGUGGUGUCAGGCCUGCGAGUGCUGCAGACAGUGAACGGCCGACAGCAGCUGGUGGAGCUGGUGGUGGAGCAGGCUUUCCUGGAGCAGGCCCUCAACCCAGCUGACCCUGACACUGUUGACCGCCUGCUGCAGUGCACACGCCAGGCUUUGCCCCUGUUUUCUAAAAAUGUCCAUUCCACACGUUUUGUAACGUACUUCUGUGAACACGUCCUGCCCAACCUCAGCGCCCUAACGAGUCCUGUGGCUGAGCUGGAUAUUCAGCUGGAGGUGCUGAAGCUGCUGGCUGAGAUGAGUCCAUUCUGUGGAGACAUGGAGAAGCUGGAGGCCAACCUCAACAUGCUGUUUACCAAGCUGCUGGAGUUCAUGCCUCUGCCACCCGAAGAGGUGGAGAACGGAGAGAAUUCGGCAAACGAGGAGCCCAAACUGCAGUUCAGUUACGUGGAGUGUCUGCUCUUCAGCUUCCACCAGCUGGGCAAGAAGCUGCCAGACUUCCUUAUUGACAAAGUGGAUGCCGAGCGCCUCAAAGACUUCAAGAUCAGGUUACAGUAUUUUGCCAGAGGCCUGCAGGUUUACAUCAGACAGCUUCGAGUAGCACUGCAAGGCAAGACAGGAGAUGCUCUAAAGACAGAAGAGAACAAGAUCAAAGUUGUGGCCCUCAAGAUCACAAACAACAUCAACGUCCUCAUUAAGGAUCUCUUCCACAACCCUCCAUCAUUCAAGAGCACAGUCACUCUGUCCUGGAAACCUGUCCAGAAGGCAGAGGCAGUAGCUCCCAAGCGCCCGUCAGCUGAGGAAAUGGGCUCCGGCGGGACCACAAAAAAACAGAUCUCUCCUCAAUCCCGGAGGGACGCACGGCAAAUCUAUAAUCCCCCCAGCGGAAAGUACAGCGCCACGAUUGGAAAUUUUAACUAUGAGCAGCGUGGUGGCUUCAGGGGCGGCCGAGGACGAGGCUUUGGAGGCAGAGGCAACAGGAGCCGAGGCCGGAUCUACUGAGACACACACACACACACACACACACACACACACCGUACAUAUUACUCAUUGAACUGCAUCUGUCCCGCACCAAGAUGGACUAUUUGUCACCUACUCCUCUUUUUUUAAAAAAUGAUCUCUACGUCUUUUUCACCCUCGACUUGCGCAUCCAGAUUUCUUUUGUCUUUGGACGGGUUGGGUGGAGGUUUGGUUUCUUGUUUUCAGAAUUUAUGACCAUGGGCUCAGACUUUUUAACAUUUUCUUCCCCUGCUCCUCUUGGCCAAGGCUUUAGUUCAAGUAAAUCUCGAUGUUUUUUUUCCCUCCUUAGUUUUUAAAUAUUAUUCUGUGUAUUUUUGUGGAACAAAAAGACUGCCAAGUUGUAACUGAUACAUAUUUUUUGUCAGAUUGUUGUAGGAAAAGAUCCUCUUGUUUUGCGACAUUGAUGAAAGCAUUUCUUUCUACUUUUUUAUUUAAUCUUGUUUUCUUUUUUUUUUUAUUAGAGCUUGAGUUGAAUUGGCUGACUAUGCUACUUUGUAUGAAUCAAUGAUGUUGUUUCAUUGGAUUUUUAUCAUAAACUUGUAUGGAAGUAUGAA